GGACUGUGCAUGCGUACGCGGUCGUUGGCCCUUCGACACCCUCCGCUUCGUCUGGAAUUUAAAGAACCUCUCUUUCUUUGAUUCAACCUGCUCACGACGCAAAAAGCUAGGGUUUAACAAAUACUCGCUGUUCUCUGAUGAUUUCCUGGGGUUUCUAGUUUGAUUACCAAUUUUUGUGGUCGUUUUUUAAGUUUGGUAUUGUAUCUAUAAAAUUUGGACAAUCAAACUUUUCGGAUUGGUUUCAUUCCGUGAGGAGCGCAUCUAUGGCCAACCGCCCGCCUGUACAUGUUACAGCGUCGGGAUCGCUUUCGGGAUCGAGUUCAGGCUCUGGAGUCCAUUUUUUCAAUUCCCCUUAUGGCGACACGAAAUAUACGAAGGUUUUUGUCGGGGGCUUGGCGUGGGAGACGCAGAGCGAGACGCUGCAGCGCCACUUCGAGCAGUUUGGCGAGAUUCUGGAGGCCGUCGUGAUCUCAGAUAAGAAUACCGGAAGGUCGAAGGGCUAUGGUUUUGUAACAUUUCGACAUCCAGAAUCUGCAAGCAAAGCAUGUGCCAAUGCCAGCCCAAUCAUAGAUGGAAGAAGAGCUAACUGCAAUUUAGCUUCAUUAGGCCGACCUCGACCUAUCCCCUUUUAUGGCCCCCUUAGAUCACGGGUUCGAUCCCCAGUGGUGCUUGGUUCUCGAAUAUUUAGGCACAUGGCGCAGGCUCUUAUCAUGGUGCCUAGCGCAUGA